AUGAGGGAAUACAGUCAUCUGAGUUUCAUCUGUCUUAUGUUACUGAUUGCAACAACUCAAGAGCCCCAAGGUGUUCCCAUUGUGAAGGUCUUCCCAAAAGCAUCGGUCGGCAUGAUCAGGAGAAAGAGGGAAUGGGUCAUUCCACACAUCAACAUUCCAGAAAAUGAAAAAGAACCUUUUCCAAAGGAAGUGAUGCAGAUGAAGUCUACCGAAGCUGAUAUAAAGAAAAUGAUUUAUAAAAUCACAGGCCCUGGAGCCGACCAGCCACCCGUAGGUCUUUUCACAGUGGACAAAUAUACAGGCAUGUUGUCUGUCACAAAUCAACUGGACAGAGAGGAAACUCAACAGUACAUUAUCACAAUUCAUGGUUGGGCAAAGAGUGAUAACUACACUGAAAAACCUGCCGAAAUCAUCAUCAAUGUUAUUGACCAAAAUGAUCACAAACCUGUCUGUACCCAAAAUCCUUUUCGAGGAGAGGCACCAGAAAGAUCGAAGGAAAAUGUGUCUGUCAUACAAGUGACAGCAGAGGACCUGGAUGAUCCAAAAACUAAAAAUGGCAUUGUGCAUUAUAAACUGGUGGGACAGGAACCCAGCGGUGACGCCUUCUACAUUGACCCUACCACCGGAGUCAUUCGUGUAGCCUCUGUUGGCAUUUUGGACAGAGAGACUCAUCCUAUAUAUAAACUGGAUGUGGAGGCAGCAGAUAUGGAAGGAGACGGCCUCUCCACCACUUGUAUGGUUAUCAUCCGGGUCACCGAUAGCAAUGAUCACGCCCCUAAAUUUAGCCAAAAAACAUAUGAAAGUACGGUGCAAGAAAAUGAAGCGGGGGAAAUCGUCACAAGGUUGGCCGUCACAGAUAAAGAUGAACCACUAACCACAAACUCAAUGGUGAAGUUUUCCAUCAUCCAGGGCAAUGAGGAAGGAUUCUUCAACAUUAGCACCAGUCCCAAUAAGAUGGAGGGAACCAUCACAACAAUAAAAGGUGUGGACUUUGAGCAGCACAAUACUUUCGUUUUGCUGGUGGAGGUGGUGAACACCGUUCCAUUUGUGGUUCCUGUAGUCACCUCAACUGCCACUGUCACCAUCUUGGUGCAGGACAGAAACGAGGCGCCCGUCUUUGAGCCCGCAGAGAAGCGGGUCACUGUGCCUGAAGACCUCGCUGUGGGUAGCACCAUCACUAAAUACACAGCCAAGGACCCAGACACAUCUAGACCGCAGAACAUAAGAUAUAAGUUGCUGAGAGACUUUGCUAACUGGUUGGAGAUCACAGAAGAUACUGGACACAUCAAAGUCAAAAGCUCAUUGGACAGAGAGGCCUCGUUCAUAAGGGAUGAAGAGUACACUGUUUUAAUAGAGGCAAAUGACAACGACGAUGAACCAGCCUCAAGUACAGGCACAUUGAUAAUCCAGCUGUCAGAUGUAAAUGAUAACGCCCCAGUGCUGAACCAGCGCAGAGUCCAGAUGUGUGCAACAGAACCAGUGCCCGUCCAACUGACCAUUACAGACCGAGAUGGGCCAGAAAACAGCAUCCCAUUCACAGUCGAACUAAAUAAUGAGUUUCAAAACAACUGGACCAUCAUCAGAAACUCCAGCAGUCCAACCGGUGAUGUUGUGUGGCUGAAUCCUCUCAAACAUCUGGAUGUUGGCGAGUACCACCUGAUGCUGCGUGUCUAUGACUCCCAGAUGUUAACUCAGGACAGCUCUCUCAUGGUGGAGAUGUGUGAUUGUAAAGGUGAUGAUGUCAUGUGCCUCGCCGGCGUGCGUGCUGCUUACAUCCCACCGGUCUUGAUCUAUGUUUUGGCGGUCAUCUUUUGUCUUCUUUUGCUGCUAUUGUUGCUUCUACUUCUUUUAAGAAGAAAGAGAGGAAAGAAGCAAACAUUUUUUAUUCAGAAAGAAGAAGACAGGGACAAUAUUUUAUAUUACAAUGAGGAAGGAGGGGGGGAAGAAGACCAGGACUACGAUAUGAGCCUGUUACACAGCAUACCGGAGGAACCCACCCACGUCUUCUGUCGACAAUAUCGUGAGGAGAGUGAAGAUAUUGGAAACUUCAUUAAUAAUAGUCUAUGUACGGCAGGCACUCUUGAUCACUCUUUGGCACCGCGUGACUCUUUGCUGGUGUUCGGUUAUGAGGGUGAGGGAUCGAGCUGUGGAUCUCUCAGCUCUCUUCAGUCCUCCAGCAGUGAUGACAGUCAGGAUUAUCAACCGCUGAAGUACUGGGGCUCUCCAUUCAUAAAACUGGCUGACAUGUAUGCAGGAGGUGAUGAUGAGUAACACACGUCCUGGAAGCACAGUGUAUGAUCUUCACUAUAAUAUGAUCUUCAGUAUAAUCCCUCUGAAAAUAGAAACGUGGGACAUGAAAUUAUUUCAGAUGCAAGUUUUGCAAUAUAUUUGAAACUAAUUUCGAUACAAUAAUCUCAGUGUUUGACACUAGGCAUCUUUGCUUUCUUCUCUAUAAAAUUUCUAUCACAAAGGUUUUUCUUUCAAAGUUAAUGGGACUUUGUAGAUUAGAGUUCUUGGUUAUGUAAACGUUAUCUUAAAGAAAAAAAUUUAAUAUCUCUACUGAAAAAUAGUUAUAAGGGUCUGUUUCUCAGAACUGAAAAGCAGCAAAUAUAAGAAAAUAUGUGUUGUCUGUGAAAUCCAGGUUGAAAUCUGAUAAUCUAAUGAUGAUAUUAGGGCAUCAAAGUUUGAUUUCACAUUGCUUCCUAUAAUAAACAAGAUAAAGUGUAAAAAUCUCACUUUUUUAUUGCAAACGGAUUCCUACAUUAUAUUUAUUAUGUCUCACUAGAUUACAUUACAUCCUUUAAGAACAUAAUUGGUAGAGGUGUAUAA